GCAUUGGUUCUGCAGAGUAGUUUUGAGACUGCAAACAUGCUCAGGUUUUUGGUGUUGACAAGUCUUGCAGCCUUGGUGCUGGCCGAGCCCAGGUAUCUGAGGGACAUUGAUCAAAGGGUUGUAGGAGGUGAGGUGGCUGCACCCAACUCCUGGCCCUGGCAGAUCUCUCUUCAGUACCUUUCUGGCGGCUCCUACUACCACACAUGUGGAGGAACUCUGAUCCAGAGAGGCUGGGUUAUGACUGCGGCUCACUGUGUGGACACCCCCCGGACCUUUCGUGUCAUUCUUGGUGAACAUGACCUCAACAGCAACAGUGGCAGAGAGCAGGUCAUAGCUGUCAGUGCCAUUUAUGUCCACCCCCAAUGGGAUGCUAACAAACUGUCUCAGGGGAAUGAUAUCGCUCUGCUGAGACUGGCCUCAGACGCCAACCUGAACACUUAUGUCCAGCUGGGCUCUCUGCCUCCCUCUGGCCAGAUUCUGCCCAACAACAACCCCUGCUACAUCACAGGAUGGGGGCGCACCGCCACCGGUGGUAGCCUGUCUCCUCAGCUUAAGCAGGCCUACCUUCCUUUGGUGGACUAUCCUACCUGCUCCAGCCCUAGCUGGUGGGGCAGCACUGUGAAUAACAACAUGGUGUGCGCUGGUGGUGGAAAUGAGGCUGGAUGCAACGGUGACUCUGGUGGCCCUCUUAACUGCUUGAAUGGUGGACAAUACUACGUGCACGGUAUUGCCAGCUUCGUGUCUGGUCUGGGAUGCAAUACUUACCAGAAGCCUACUGUCUUCACCCGUGUCUCCGCUUUCAUUAACUGGAUAAACUCUAUCGUCUAGUAAGCAUAAGAAUCGUUGACGCUGCAGAGACCGCAUUCCAUCAUAUUUUCAUCUACUGUACAGACUCACUUGUCUGGUGCAAUUCUGCAAAAAUAAAUCUGAUUAAACUUUG